CUAUAACAACCUAAUCAAAGGCAAAUAACAGUAAAAAAAACUCUCUCCCCCCAAUUCCUUUUCUCAUGGAACAUCAUCAACCCACAACCCAAAAUUUAAAAUUUGCUUAUUUCCCAAUUAUAAUCAAGAGAGAACUUGUUUAUGUAACUAUUUUUCUUGUCAUCUUAGUCUCUUCCUUCUUGUUUGUCUUUGAUUAUAUAGCUCCUUUUGAUCCCCAACAACUUUUCCGAUUCGGGUUCCUCUCGGAUUAUGGAAAUAGUAAAAGAUCACCAAUAUCAAACGAAAUUUGUGACUACUCUAAUGGAAGAUGGGUUCGAGAUGAGAAUUACAAGCUUCAAUCAUAUGAUGAAACAUGUCCAUUUCUUGAUCCCGGGUUCCGGUGUCGGCAAUGCGGAAGGAAAGAUGUUGAGUAUCGGAACUGGCGAUGGCAGCCUGAAGGCUGUGAUAUACCGAGAUUUGAUGCAACAGACCUUCUUGAAAGGAGCAGGAACGGAAGAAUAGUGUUUGCUGGAGAUUCUAUUGAGAGAAAUCAGUGGGAGUCAUUUCUAUGCUUGCUAAGCCAAGGGAUUUCCGACAAGUCAACAAUUUUCGAAGAGCGCGGAAUCCCCAUUACUAAGCACAAAGGGUUCCUUUCUAUGCGUUUCAGCGACUAUAACCUCACCGUCGAAUACUAUAGGGUACCUUUUCUAGUACGCGUUGGCGGGCCACCACUUAAUUCAUCGCCUAACGUGAAAAUGACCGUCAAGGUCGACCAGUUACACUGGUUUUCUAAAAAAUGGGUUGGGGCAGAUAUUUUGGUUUUCAGCGGAGGUCAUUGGUGGAAUGAAGAUAAAACAGUUAAGAUGGGCUGCUUCUUUGAGGACCGAGGAAAAGUAAACAUGUCGAUGAAUGUGAUGGAGGCAUUUCAAAGAUCUUUACAAACAUGGAAGUCAUGGGCACUAGAGAGUUUGGAUCCUGAAAGAAGUCAUGUUUUCUAUCGCAGCUUCUCGCCCGUGCAUUACAGGAAUGGGACUUGGAAUACUGGGGGUCGAUGUGAUAUCGACGUACAGCCAGAGAUAAACUACACGGGUCUGCGAGCUGAGCCAUUGAACAACCAAUUGAUUUCUACUAUAAUCAAACAGAUGGAAUUAGACCCCAAAAUUAAAAAUGUCAAGUACUUAAACAUCACAUAUUUGACACAGUUCAGGUUUGAUGGUCACCCUUCCUUCCAUCGGGAGUCGGGAACUCCAGUUCAUGCUCCACAAGAUUGCAGCCACUGGUGCCUGCCCGGAAUACCAGACAUAUGGAAUGAGAUUCUCUAUGCUCAUUUACUGUCGAUGCGAUUCAGAAAGAGGUGAUCUUACCUGGCCAAAAGAAGAGCGGACAAUUUCCUGCUUGUUGAUUUGAAAGACGUCAUAUUUUCGGGGUUGUAUAUAAUUUUGAUUCCUCCUAAGCUAAUCCUUUUGAUUUUCAUCUGCAUCAA